AUGCGGGACCUGGCAUCCAAGAUUCUGACCAAACAAUGGCAUCCCGUUACCAACCCAGACGGGCUUGUCAAUUUGGGCACCGCUGAGAAUUAUCUCAUGCUCGAUGAUGUAGCGAAGUUUGUGAAAUCGCAAGAUUUGAACCUCCAGGGCGACGACUUCAACUACGGCGAAGGACCCUGGGGCUCUGUUCGUCUCCGAACCGCCAUGGCAAACUUCAUCAACAGCCACUUCUCCCCUACAACCCCUCUCAAGCCCGGCGAACUCACCCUAACAAACGGCUGCUCCUCCCUCUUCAACAUGCUAGGCCACGUGCUGGGCGACGGUGCCGGAGACGGAAUACUGCUCACCAUGCCAAGUUACGUGGCGUUCCAGAGCGAUUUUGGACUGCUCGCGAAGAUGACACCCAUCUUCGUCCCCUUCGCCGGCGUCGACCAAUUCGCCCCGGAAUCCCUCUCAUGCUACGAAGCCGCCCGGCAGAAAGCAGAGGAGCAAGGUGUGAGAAUCCGCGCCCUCAUGCUCUGCAACCCGCACAAUCCCCUCGGCCGCUGCUACCCAGCCUCCACUCUAACCGCGCUCCUCAAAUUCUGCGCCCAGCACAAAAUCCACCUCCUCGCCGACGAAAUAUACGCCAUGUCGGUGUACUCCACCCCUUCCAGCCCCUCCUCCUCCUCCAGCUGCGUCCCCUUCACAUCCAUCCUCAGCCUCCCCUGGACGCAAUACAUCUCCCCAGACUACUUGCACCACGUGUACGGGCUGUCCAAGGACUUCGCCAGCGGCGGCCUGCGCAUCGGCAGUCUGUGGACGCAGAACGCCGAGCUGCAACGCGCCGUGAGCGCUAUUGCCAUGUUUCAUUGGAGUGGCACGGUUAAUGAUGUGCUCGCUGCCACGAUUCUUGGAGACAGUGACUUUGUCGAUUCGUUUCUGGAGAAGUCGAGGAAGAGGCUUGCGGACGCGAAUGCGCUAGCGAGGAAGGUGCUGGAUGAAGCGGGGAUAUGCUACGCGCCGGGGACGAAUGCGGGGUUUUAUCUGUGGAUUGAUCUGAGCCCGUGGCUCAGGGAGGAGGGUGGGGAGGAUGGGUGGGAGAGGGAAGGGAAGCUGGCGGAGAGGUUGCUCAAGGAGAAGUUGUUUCUGACGGGUGGAGGCAUGCAAGCGGCCGAGCAGCCAGGAUGGUUCCGGUUGGUGUUCAGCAAUAAGGAAGUAGUGUUGAAAGAAGGACUCAAGAGGCUGAGGAAGGUUUUGGACGGAAAAUGA